AUGAGAGGUUGUAUGAAGGGAAGAAACCAGCUUUCAAGACUGAUGGUCACAGCUAUAAUUCUGAUGGUUUUUAUUCAGUUUGCUGCAGCCACAGAUACUCUAGAAGACAGUUGCAUAGAAAAUCCGUCUGGCAAAAACACCUUCUCCUGGGAAGACUACCUUGUUCUUGGAGCAAUGUUGGUGAUAUCCUGUGGAAUAGGAGUGUUCUACGGAUGCUUCGAUAAAAACCAAAACAGUGAAGAUUUUCUACUGGGCGGAAGCACGAUGGGCACUUUUCCCAUGGCCAUGUCUUUAGCGGCAAGUUUCGUUACUGCAGUGGAACUUUUGGGCAAUCCAGCCGAAAUGUAUACCCACGGAUCGCAAUUCUGGAUGAUUUGCUUGGCUUUCAUCUUGGUAGUACCGAUGACAUCGAAGUUUUAUUUACCGGUAUUCAUGAAACUGAGAUUGACCAGCUCCUACGAAUAUUUAUCUUUGAGGUUUUGCCAGAAAACAAGGUAUCUGGCGAGCGGAGUGUACAUUCUGCAAAUGGUUUUAUACACUAGUGUUGCCGUGUAUGCACCAGCCCUAGCUCUAAGUAAAGUUACUGGACUCAACGUAUAUCUAGCAGUGACUGCAGUUUAUGCUGUUUGCAUAUUUUACGCUUCUCAGGGAGGGAUGAAAGCGGUGAUAAUUGCCGAUACAUUCCAGGCCGCCGUACUUUUAGGAUCUUUAUUCCUGAUUUUAUUCUUAGGGGACAAAUACGUUGGCGGGACCGGCAUAAUAUGGUCCCAAAGUUACAAAACGGAUCGGUUAGAAAUAUUCAAUUUCAAUCCUGAUAUGACUGUUCGACACAGUUUUUGGUCAGUUCUGAUUGGAGGCACGUUCUAUUGGAUGACGAUGUUUUGUUCGAAUCAGGCAUCAAUACAAAAAUACUUGUCAGUUGAAGCUAUUGGACAAGUCAGAAGGGCAAUAUGGACAUCUAGUUUUGGACUGAUAAUAAUUUAUUCAGUAAACUUUUACACCGGAAUGAUUAUGGUGGCGCACUACAAGGACUGCGACCCUUUACAGAGUGGACAAAUUACGGCAGCUGAUGAGAUUUUACCAUACUACAUCAUCAAUGUUAUGGGGAACAUGAAAGGAGUCACUGGAUUUUUCGUUGCAGGAAUUUUUGCUGCGAGUUUGGGGACAGUAGCGUCUGCCCUCAACAGUCUUGCAGCGGUGACAAUGCAGGACUUCCUUGGAUCAGCUUGUGGAAUUCAUAUUCCUGAUAAAAGAGGUGCUUUCAUCGCCAAAAUACUGUCAAUCGUCUAUGGGGCUGUCAGCUUCGGACUGGUGUUUCUAAUAGCCCAGUUGGGCAGCGUUAUGCAAGUAGCAAUAAGUUUCAACGGUAUGGCUGGUGGAGUCACUCUGGGACUGUUUUCCUUGGGAAUGUUUUUCCCAUGGGCAAAUGCCAAGGGGGCAAUUUUUGGAAGUGUUAUUGCCAUGGGUCUCAUAACUCUGAUGUGUAUUGGACAACAAGUUGCUAUAGCCAGUGGAUCAUUCGAAGAAGAAAGCAAAUUCACAAGUAUAGAAAAAUGCAAGUGUUUCAAUAUUACUCAAGUUGUGCAAAAGGAAAUAAUACCAGAUACGGAGCCAAUCUUCUUUCUUUACCGCAUCUCUUACAUCUGGUACUCGGGAAUAGGCUUCUUGGUGACUGUAAUUUUGGGUUUGAUAGGAUCUUUCGUGACUGGGGCUAACAAAACCAGUGACGUAGAUGACAACUUAUUAUCCCCACCGGUAAAGGAGUUCCUUCUUUCGCUUUCCAGUAGUGCCAAAACGUUUCGAUUGAAAGCAAACGGUUGUGUUAACGUUAACGAAAACAUUGCUAUGGACAGUGCGAAUAUUGAUAAGGUAGAGCUAGUUGAAGUGCGAGGUAUCAAACAAAACGAUUUGACUGAUGAGGAAAUAAUACAAAAAAUACGAAAGAUAUCGGCACCAUCAUAG